AUGUCUGAAUUGAAAGUUGAUCAUGGUUCUAUGGCUGGGAUUGCCAACUCCGGUCCAAUUUCUAUUUUAUCUUACUGUUGUUCAUCUAUUUUAAUGACUGUAACAAAUAAAUUUGUUGUUAAUUUGGAAAAUUUCAACAUGAACUUCGUCAUGUUGUUUGUUCAAUCUUUAGUAUGUUGUUUGACUUUAGUCGUUUUAAAAGUCUUAGGUUACGCCAAAUUCCGUUCUUUAAACAAAACUGACGCCAAAAACUGGUUCCCAAUCUCUGUUCUAUUGGUUCUAAUGAUUUACACCUCUUCCAAGGCUUUACAAUUCUUAGCUGUUCCAAUCUAUACUAUUUUCAAGAAUUUAACUAUUAUUCUAAUUGCUUAUGGUGAAGUAUUAUUCUUUGGUGGUUCUGUCUCCUCUAUGGAAUUGUCUGCAUUCUUAUUAAUGGUUCUAUCAUCUAUAGUUGCUACAUGGGGUGAUCAACAAGCUUUAGCAUCAAAGGCUGCCUCUCAAACUCUAGGUGAAGCUGCUGGUAACGCUUCCGUGUUAUUAAACCCAGGUUACUUCUGGAUGUUUACUAACUGUAUCUCUUCCGCAUUAUUUGUCUUGAUUAUGAGAAAGAGAAUUAAGUUAACCAAUUUCAAGGAUUUCGACACAAUGUUCUACAACAAUAUUUUAGGUCUACCGAUCCUAUUAGUUGCAUCCUUCUGUUUUGAAGAUUGGUCUUCUGCCAACCUAGCUGUUAAUUUAUCUAACGAUUCUUUGACUGCUAUGAUCAUCUCAGGUAUGGCUUCCGUUGGUAUUUCUUAUUGUUCUGGCUGGUGUGUUCGUGUCACUUCCUCCACUACUUACUCUAUGGUUGGUGCUUUGAACAAAUUACCAAUUGCUUUGUCUGGUCUACUAUUCUUUGAUGCCCCCAAAAAUUUCUUAUCUAUUUUAUCCAUCUUCAUUGGUUUCUUAUCUGGUAUCGUGUACGCUGUUGCCAAACAAAAAAAGCAAACAGAUCAUAAGGCUCGUAAGUAG